AUGAGUUUGUCCAGUUUUGUCGCACAACUGCCCAAAUGCGAACAGCACCUCCAUAUUGAAGGCACAUUGACGGCUGAACGGCGUUGGAAAUGUGCACAUGCGAAUAAAAUUGAAUUACCGGGGUGCAAUUCGCUAGAGGACUUGAAGAAGCAGUAUUUGACUGAGUAUCUCUACGAGGAAGGCCAGGAUGCCACGAAGUACCUCCAGGAGUUCUUGGAAGUUUACUAUGCCUCGAUGAACGUUCUUCUGACCGAAGACGACUUCUACAAUAUGGCAUUGGACUACAUUAAGGUUGCUCAAUCCCAAAAUAUCCGUUAUCUGGAAGCAUUCUUUGAUCCCCAAGCGCACACCUCACGGGGUGUGAAAUUCGAAACCGUUAUGGAAGGACUGCUUAAAGCACAGAAAGAAGCAGCCGACUACAAUGUUCAAUUGCAUUGGGUCUUGUGCAUUGUUAGGGAUAUGUCUGCGGAAAGCGGUCUUGAUAUUGUUAAGCAGGCAGAGCCUUACAAGGACAAGAUCAUUGCUUUGGGAUUGGACUCUGACGAACACGACAACCCACCAAGUAAAUUCCAAGACGCGUUUUUGCUUGCACGGUCAUACGGUUGGAAAAUUACAGCCCAUUGUGAUGUUGAUCAGAAAAAUACGCACGAGCACAUUAAAUAUGUGGUUAAGGAAUUGGCUGGUUCCAGGCCAGAGUUUAAAAAACAUGAGCUGGAUAACCCAGACUUGUACUUGCUACCAAAGUUUACUACCGGUGCUGACAGAAUUGAUCAUGGUAUGAACACUGCUGACACCACAGAGCUGCUGGAUCUAGUCAAGGCAGCCAAUCUCGGCCUUACACUAUGUCCGAUGGGGUAUCAAAAGCACCUGGGCCCACAUAAUGUUUUCCCUAAAGUGACCAAAAUUUACAAUUACGGAAUACCUGUUACCCUAAAUAGUGAUGACCCUGCAUACCUGGUGUAUUCAAAAACGGGAACAUUACUCGGAGUUGCAGAUGGUUGCAAACUGACUGCUAAAGAUCUUUACAAUUUUGAGAAAAAUGCAAUCAGAAUGGCUUGGACCAGCGAUAUUGAGUUCAAACGCAAGUUUCUGGAUGAACUUGAUGACGUUUAUUCGAAAUAUGCUUCUUGA